AUGGCUAACAACGUGACCGCUACCAGAGAAGCUACAAGGCGUACUCACACGUACAGUUUCCAUCGCGAAGGCUUGAUUCAGUUGGGGCAAUUGGGUGGAUUGAUCACUGGUCAUAAUAAAACUGUGUUCACUGAGAAUUAUGGAAACAUCUUGACUCUUUUGGACUCACACGUCGACGAAUGGGGUUUGUCUACUCUUCUCCAGUUUUAUGAUCCUGACUUGCGUUGUUUCACCUUCUCAGGCUAUCAGUUGGCUCCCACUCUCGAGGAGUACUCUCACUUUCUCAAUAUCAAGAUUCAACACAAGGUUCCUUUCGUUUGUGUCCCAGAGAAACCUGAUUUGGACAACAUCGCCAACGCUCUUUAUUUGAGCAUAGAAGACGUUCUUGGGAAUUGGAAGAAGAAUGGUAACACUCAUGGUUUCUAUAUGAGUUUCUUGGUUGAGAAGGCCCAAGAAUUGGCCAACAAAAAGGUGUGGGAGGCUUUCAACGCCCUUCUGGCCGCUUUGAUCUAUGGGAUCGUGAUGUUCCCUAACAUUCACAAGUUCGUUGAUCUGGCCGCUAUAUGUCUUUUUGUGGAUAAGAAUCCGGUCCCUACUUUGCUAGCCGAUACGUACUAUUCUGUUCACUCUCGAUAUGGGAAAGGAGGAGCCAUAAGAAAUUGUUUGCCGUUGUUAUACACCUGGUUUAAGUCCCACCUACCUACAAGUGGUCCUUUCAUUACUUCUACUCAGAAAUGGCCUCAAAGGAUCAUGGGGCUUACUGGAAAUGACAUUGUCUAG